AUGGAGCAUCAGGCUGCAUCAGACGCACCGCCUAUCGGGAGAGAGUAUAGCAGCAAACAGGCAUCGGUAUUGCCUGCCCGAAGGAGGAGAGCUCAUGAGGAAUUGAUUGGCCGAUUAUAUAGCGCAAAUAGGGAUAGCAGAUACUUUCUCUCCUGCCCGCCGGAGGCACGGUUGCUUCCUCGCAGCUGCGAUUGCGCACCGGCAGGUGGCAAGCGUGAGCCCAGCGCUCACUGUGGCUGCUCAUUAAGUGGUCGGACACGGGAAUAUGGAGCUGGCGGAAGCCCGGCUUGUCGAUGGAGCUGGUGCUGCCUCGCCAAUUCAACAUUUAAACGGUGUUCUGCAGCCCGUCACUCCUCAGGGGAGAGGCACCGUGCAAAGAGAGGGAACCAAAUGGCACACCAGUCCAGAAAUGACUUCUUUCAGUCAGAGUACCUGCAUGUCGAGGAUUUUUCAAGCGAGAUCGAGAAAUUGCAGGAGAUGUUGUACCGCUAUUCAUGUGGCAUCCUGUCACCUGAAGACGUGCAUAUACUACGCCAUGUCCUGUGCGCUGAGAGAAUUGGGCCCCUGAUGCCUGGCAAAAUAACUCUGCUUCACGAGCUCUUGAGUCACACGGGAUCGAAUGCUUUGACUUCCUCGGAACGCCAGUUGUUUAUCAAGCUCCUGAAGAAAAGAGCCAAUGGGGGCAUUUAUACCGAUGAAGAUGUCAUCUUGCGGACGCUUUUGUUGCGAGCAUUGGCAAAUUCUCUCUCAUCAGAGCAGCAACUGAAUGCUUCGGCUGCCCUGCAGAACAAGUGCGCUCCCCCCUUGUCUCCCUGUUUACUUGAUGAUCUCCGUCGCACCAUGAAUGGACCAGAUCAUCGGCAGGGCAGGUAUGCAGUACAGGCCGCCCUAGAAGAGCAGCUUGCGCCUUAUUGUGGAUGGGCCGAGCGAAUGGCCAUUCAUCGGCUCCUAUUUUUAGAACCUCCCUGGCCUCUUUCACCCGAAGAACGCCGUUUGCUCGAAACGCUUUACGUGCAGCCUGCAGUUUGGUGGUCACCGGCCCAGGAGAAUAGAUUCUUCACUAGCCUUGCCAAAAGUCGUGCAGGAGGAACCCAGGAAUUUACGGACGAGGCAUUUCAGCUCCUUUUGCAGCUUCUUGGAGCUUCCUUGACUUCCCCGCAAAGACAGCAUUUGACGGCACUCCUGGGCGUGCCGUGUGUGCAGGUGGCAGGUUACCAGCCAUCCACAAUUCUUCCUAAUGAGGGUAGGGCAACGCCUACGCCUGGCCAAGUGAGGACCAUGGCUCUCCUACAGCGUGUCGUAGAAGGCGAAGCGCUAACUCCUGUUGAAAACGGGUUUCUACAGGACGGUAUCCUGCGGGAGCUUUUGCAGCUGUUACCCCCAGAGGACUUGCAAGUGCUCUAUAAAUUGGUACUUUCCAGUGAUCCGGUCCCGGUACCUCGAUCAAGUGUGUUAGUACUUGAGGAGUUACAGCGUGCUCGAGAGCUGUGGGAAUCAAGUGGAGACCUCACAGCGUGUGUGGAACAGAUUGGCUGUAGUUGGUACCGGCAGAUGUUUAUGUAUUGUCUGGCUUUAUCCCUCACCGCCCAGCAGCUGAAAGUACUGACCCAGUUGAUACAUGAGAAUUCUGAGGAGCAGGAACUCGACAAAGAGCAGCAACGCUCUCAAGAGGCAUCAGCAAGCCUUCAACGAGCCGCCUGGCGUGCUUAUGGCCCUCGUCAUGGUGACAACGUGGGAUAUGCAGCUGCGGAGGAACCAAAAGCAAGGUGCACGGCCGAGAAGGAUGCCCGAUGCAUUAUUCAAGAGGGAGUACGGGGUCAUGCGGAAUUUCCAACGUAUUCUGUGGAGGCGUUGACUCGUCAACAGGCAGAUAUCCUUGAGCUGCUGCUUGAACUGCACCAUUUUGGCUGUCAGGCUUCAAAGCAAGACGACGUGUUGAUGGACCUGCUUCGCACAUUCAAGUUUUCAGGGCCUAUUUUUGAUCAGCCGCUAGAGUUUGUGAAUCAGCUCCUCCUCGUCCAGUUUUCCAUGUCCCUGUCUGAUGGACAAGUAGAAUGCAUUAAUCAUGUUAUCCGUGCAGCUCAAUUUGCUCCCCACUAUAUGCCAGCUCACAACCAUGCGCGAGCAGAUUGUGGAGCGGUGCCAACCUCUGGGGACGCGAUGAUAAUGCAACCUUUUCAGUUUCACUCUAAACUUAUCACACCUAGUCAGCGACAGCUUCUUCAGUGGUUGCUGCUUCAGAAGAUCAACCACGGUUGUGCACGUUUACAGCACCCUCUUUCUCGUCAGGGCGUGCCACCGCUCAUGAAUGGGAAAUCUCCAUCAGAGCUUUACGUCAUCGUACCAUACCAGCCGCUCCUCCAGCUGGCCACCUCACUCUCCGAUGCCCAAGUUGAGAUGCUUCUGCUCUUGUUGGACGAGUCUCGGGAAGAACCAACAGAUCCGGGCUCAGAAGGAGCAGGGGGGAGUCUGAACAUCAGAGAAGUAGACGAUGGAAGUGCAAAAGAGGGAAUUCCAGCGUCCCAGGAAAUCGGUACGUCAAUGCCGCUGCAGCCGGCGACUCAGCACCGCAUCACUAUCUGCCCCUCGACUCUAGAAGGGAGAUCAUGUACAACGAAGGACGCUGAUGACACUAUGACAUUGCAUACUUGUAAAAAGGGAGCAGUGGAAAAUUUACUCCCGUCGUCCAAGGGCUUCCGAGAUGAGGAUUUUGCAGAGCUUAUUCCAUGCCAGUCAGCUGAGCUCCAGAACCACCAGGAAGGGCCGCGUGCUGGAGGGUCUGUAUCUUCACAUGCAUUAUCCCCCCUAGAUGUGUCGCCACCUGUCCAGUUGGAAGGAGCAGAUGGUAGCCAGCCAACUGGCAGAGCGCUUCUCGACGGAGCAGACGGAGCAGAGAACUGCGAUGCGUCGCCAAGUGGAGAUGUUAGUAGUCAAGGGCGGCUAGAUGGGGGGCCCAGAACGAAUGGGAAGAUUGCUGCGGGUCUCCCGUCCCCCAAUUCGUGUCGCGAGCAGCCGCCUACCCCUCGAACUUGCUCUCCCGAAGAUCUGGCCCACAAAAGACGUAUGAUGCAGCAUCUGAUUCUUGAGGCCGCAGACCAGCGAGUAAGGCUGGAGAGAGACACUGCUAAUGUAGUAGUCCACGGAGAGCUCCAGGCGUUCGGUAGUGAGGAAUUCGGCACGUUGAGACACGGGAGCAGUUCGUCGUCUGGGCUCUUGUCGCUUGCAACAGCUUUUCGACAAAGUGCAAGCACACUGGUUGGAAGGACUUUCUCGAAGGACAUCUAUUGUUCCACCCGACAGCAAUCUCUGGCCAGUGCCAGUGAGUGCUGCAGCCUGGAGCAGGCAUCGAAGUCGUCGGCAAGCGCGAGAGAUAGUCGUUCCUCCGCUUCGCCUGUGGCUAAGACCCCAUCGCACUGCAGUUCCCUGGGUUCGGCGCCGGUUUUAGGCAGCAGCGAAUGCCAGUCACCAGUAAGCUCGCCGAUACGCCUGCGCAGUCCCUCGGGGUCGCGUGCGGAGCGUCACCAACGGAGCAGCAGCCGUGAUGAAAGUAUAUCACGAGGGGAUCUAGAGGUUUCUGUGGAGGAGCGGAAGAAGCGCAUGCAACGGCAGGCGCUGGAAAAAGCCCAAAGGAUCAAAGAAGAUGCGCGAGUGGCGUUUUUGGUCGUUUUCAUGAAGCAGCUGCAGCCGGGGAAUCCAGCUUUUGGAAUUGAAUUGGUUGACAGAAUAAAUUUGUCCCACCUAAACGCGAAGACGCUGCCAAAGGGAAAGGGAUGGAAGACGCAAGGCUUGCUACGAAUGAUACAAGGCAUAGUUAGGCUGACACGCGCAGAAGACAUUGAUCUGGCUAUACAUGCAGAGCUUGAGGGUAUUCGCCGCGCUCUACUGCGUCUUCCCGUCGGUGGCGCAACCAGUCCUGAAAAGGGACAGGUAGGGGAAGGACAAGCUGAAAGUUUGCAGAGAGACGGGAAACGUAAAUCAAACGAAGUCUUCAUGGGAUAUGCAACUGCUGGAACCGAGGAAGAGGGGACGAAACUCACCAGCACAGAGGUGCCAGCCCCUGCAGUGACUGCAGUGACUCAAGAAGCGUCCCACCAGGAUUCCAAGAUAAAUCAACUCAAGACAGAGGUGAGUCCCCAUGUCUCGAGGACAGAAAUCGCGGGCAUAGCGUUUUCAGAAAAACUUAUACAUUCAGAUGGAAGAGGCAAGGUAUCCUGCCAUACACGAAAUCAUAAGAACAACGGCACCGGCGAGCCGGGGGAAGACGCUUGUGCAGGGCAUAUUCAGGCAAAUAAUGCCCUGCACAAGCGUCUGUUUCCUGCUCGCCGGUCCCGUAGACCGGUCAGAGGUAUACAGGGCGUGAGGAAGGACAUGAGGAAUUUGGAACUUCAUUUCCGCAUCGCUGCUGCGUGGACUCAUGGGGCACUCUCCGCGAGCGGUCAAGCGCAGCUGGUCUACUGCCAGCUGGAGCUUCCACUAGCAACCGGGCAGCUCUUUGGAGGUCCCCAUCCGAAUCCGCAGUCAGGAGUUGGGUUGUUCCCAGAUGAGGACUACUUUGAACAGUCUAAUGCCCCUGGCAGCACGUUCGCUGCCGCCACAGUUGAGCUGGCGGGUCGCGGCGGUGACGAGUGCCGCGCUGUGAUCCCUUCCGUACGGCCUUUGCGCUCCUUUGAGGGAUUAAUCAUGGGGCGUUCAAUCCAAGGCCGUGGCAGCACUGAGCCUCCUUCUGGAGGUAGUCAGAUAUCCCGUCAGCCGCCAAGCCUCCAAGAAUGCAGGGACCCCUUGCUUUUCCACCAUACUGGUGUGGACUGCGGCAUCUUGGGCUUCUUUGGCCGGCCUAUGUGGUAUUCUGACCCUGCAGCCGACCGAAACAUAUUUAUUCAGCCUGAAGGAGUCGAAAGAACGAAGGGGUGGUGUAAUGCAGGGGCAUGGGCGAUAGCGCCGCUCGCAAAGACGCCUUUGCCUGCUGCCCUGUUCGGCCACGUGGCGAUGUUCCUUGGUGCAGAGGAUGUAGUAGCGCUUGCAUCUGUUUGUAAGAGCCUUCGAUGGAUAGCAUUCCACCGUGACACUUGGAAAUCGCUUUGUUUUUCAGCAGGGGUUGUUUCGUACCAUCGUGUAGCCGCCUCGCCGCGUCAUCAGCCUGGUACUAGGGUCACUGGAAAAAGACUCCGAUGCACAAAGCCGUCGAAUGCAGCUCAGCCCGAUCUUAACGCACACACACGGAAAAUUUCGAGGAGACGAGACACCAUUAGUGACAGCUGCUUCCGGUUGGACAGCAGCAUCCGCAAUUCUCUACAAGAUUGGCCUUCGUGCGCGGGACUCUUGCGGGAAGAUGCGCAUUCCGAGUCAUCUUCUUCAGAUCUCGGCCGGAGGUGUGGAGUAGACAGGCCUGACACUGCCCCUCCCUGUAACAGGGCAGCACGAUGCAGGCGCAGGCAGUCGGAGUCAGAAAUUUACCCGUUGCCCGCGGCGGAUAAGCCAUGGGAAGCCGGCCUGCACUGCCGAGGACUGCAGGUUCUGAGCGAAUGCACCCUGCACGAGUUGGUGGACUGGCGUUUCCUGUUCCUGCUAAACCGAGUUAGCCCUGGUCCCAGGAUACAUAUCCACGUCAGGGAGUUGAAGCUACAGUUUCCCAUGUAUCCUGUUGUUCCAGAUAUGACGAAUGCCCGCCGCUGUUCUACGGCGGGAGGCGCGCCUACGGGUGACGGACAGGAAUGCGGCAGCGGGGAACAGGAGAAACAGCGCCAGCUCAGGCAUGCUCAGAAAAGGUGGCUUAAACCGCAGGAGUUUGUUUCCACCUUCAUUCGCAGGGCUCUGAACAUUUCUCAGCCCAUGAGGCUACGUCAUUUGAGACGAGGGAACCGCCCAGGAUUGUGUGUGGCAGAGAUUCUGAGGGAGCAGCACUACUUGCUUGAAUGGCAAGUCCCCCUGCGCUGUCUGCAGGAACCCUCUGCCCGUUCUUCCUGUUCUGUCGCUGAGGCCAAAGGCGACUCCUCUCUGGUGUGGCCGCUACCCCCUUACGGCUCGCUGGAGCUCGACUCUCUGGCUCAGCUGGGUGGCGGCUGGAGGCACCAAGACAGGAUGGAAGUUCACAAUGUUGUGGACGAAAACCGCCCCCGGCGCUCACGACAGGUUCCUGAGGUGGAUGCUGUGCACGAUGACCGUCUUAUUUUCGAUGUGCUUGACCGUGGGAGUGUUUUUGCAAGCCUUCUGUCCCCUCUUUCUGUUGGGACAACCGCGGCAGCCAUUUUUGUCGGCGCUGUGCUCGUUGCGGUUGCGACGUCGAGUGCUACGGCGGCCAUCACCACUGCGGCAGCUGCCACGGCCACACUUGCGGCGCGAAGUUCCAGGUUAUUUAGAGUGGAUCUGCACGUGCUUGAGAGAGAUGAGCACGAAGACGACCAAGAGGAGGUGACGGAGUGUGAUAUUCCACCAUCUUGCUUGGUGUCGAGCUUCUCCGGGUCACGCGGGUUGGCACCAGGACCAUUGGCUAGUGGGUACGGCAUUCAUGGGGAGAUUGGAAAUGAGGCGACUCCAUAUGGAGCUGGGCCCCCAAGCAGUUGUGGUCCCGCGUGUGCCGGAGAGGAAUCAUUAAGUGGAAGCUUGCGUCCACGGCUGCCGCAUCUCGGGCGGCUGCUUGAAGAUCGACUUGUACGACUCUUUCGCUCGUCAAGACUUGCCAGCGCUGCUCUGAGCGAAGCAUCUCGAGCGCUUGCUAGCACAAUUUUGAGCAGCAUUUCAAGAGAUGCAGCGACAGCAGCGUCUACUGUUCUUGCAGCUGCAGGCGCGGUAUUAACGGCAGUGCUCCGUCCACCUGGGACAGGGCAAUGCAGACCUGCCGGUAAUGUUCAGCCACUGGGAGGCCCCACCGAUAUGCGCAUAUCUCAGAAACAACGACUGCCACAGGGUGGUGUCCAGGUGGCGUCACCUACUGGUUCGCAACCAGAUGCGGAGGUCGAAGGAAAGCGUGUGGGAAAGUCCGUGGACUCAUCUAGCAAUACGAAAAGCAUGAAACAAUUCAAACAUUUUCUGACGCAGAAUAGAGGAAACCCAGAGCAGCUGCAUGGAAAAGAAGGGCUUCGGCAAUUAAGGCGACGAGGUGCAUUGGGAGACUCGGCGUUUCUUCGCUCACCACCUGCGGCACCUUUCAAGCCCCGCAGAUCCCAGUCUUUCUUGUCGGUAUGCAUUGGAGCUUUUCACCGCCGAAGCUGUUGCUCUAUGCCGGCACGGUGCUCCCGGUCUUUCAACCCGUGUGACAUUUUUGGCCAACCAGGCGGUGGCCAGUCAAUCGCCCACAGAGUGCGAGCCUUGAGCACGGGGGCGGCAAUCCUGCAGCACCCGCAAAGUCACGUGCGCAGACCUCUGUGGCGUGGCUCAAGCUCGACAAGCGAAAGCAACUCAGUAGGAACGGAACGUGAGGAUACGUCUUCGAGUGACCAAGACCGUGAAAUGAACGGAUCAGGUGCUACAUGGACCCCAACAUUAGAGUUUUCGGGACAAAGUUUCGGCUGUUUUUCAUCUGGCUGGCGUCUAGAGGGCCCACCUUUGCAGCCUGGCCACGGCUUGUUGCUGUUUGUGCGGACGUGCCUGCCACCAGCAACUCUCCUUUGCCGGGCACGUGGGAGUAUGAAGUGUUACAGGCUAGGAACCUCCGAAUGGGAUGCUGCAGCUGCAUCCCCGUUUAGGGGCCUUCCGGAAGAUGUGCCUCUGUUAUUACCGAUGGAUGCAACAGUAACAGACUUGGUGAGAUUGCUUUUCCUCACUCUGACGGAGAGAAAGUACGUGUUGCCACUUAUCUCUGAUACGCAGGUAGGCGACCCCCAAGUGAGCAGCAGUCACUUAGAUGGAAUAAUGGACCGUCCUUACUAUCGUCGCCGAAAAGACAGAAACGGUCAGACGACGCAUUCAUCGGGGGCGGGCGUGUUACGCUUUUGGCUUGCUUCCACUCAUCCCAACAGAGAACACGACGAGCAACCGUUACCGUCCGCGAAACUGGCCGCAGACUUGCGCCUUACGUCUUGCGAGCGCCUUACCCUUACUGUUAUGCCUUUUGCACUUGCCAGGCGUGGUGCAUCAGCCUGCGCAGGUUGUUUGACGCUCACAUGCGGCCCACGAGGCCCUCCGGCGCAGACACCUGGGCACCGCGGGAACUCAAAAGGGGUUCAGAGCGGAACUAUUUUGCCACCGUGCAAUCCCCAUCUGCAUCCCACUGAAGAUGAGAGGUCGCCAGAUGAAGCUAGUCCCUGGUUGCUGUCGCCCUUAUCUGCAUGGACGCAGGAAAACACGCUAACGGUGGAAACGGGCAUGCCUACAGAGGGCGAGCCCACAAUAGUUCUGCGCCGUGAAGCUGCUCUUGAGCCUGUGUACAUGACAGCUGAGUCAAACAAUCUCUGCUCACAAAUGGAGUCAUGCCCGCAAGCUGAGAGCUUUUUUGAAGAACUUCGGCCUCAUAGGUGUGCCACCAACACCGAGCAGCGUGAAGUCAAUGUAGAUGGCAAAGCCGCUUCUGUCUUUCUGGCACCUGAUACUCCAAUGUAUGCGGAGCCUACCAGCGCCUUGAAGCCAACUGAAAGAACCUCCCUACGGGACGCUGAAGAGGACGAACGCGCCAACACUUUGUACUCCAACGCAGAUUCAAGUGCAUCUGUAGACACUUCCUCGCGGCGCUUUGCAGGCAUAACGCUGGAAGAGGAAGAUGCGAAUCUGUGCACACCGUGGAUUCUUCAAUCGUCAGUGAAUGCGAGGCAGUUUGAGUACCAUCCGGCGAAGGGUAACGUGUUGCUCACAGGCAACAAUGAUGGAAGGGUGCGUGUUCUCGACUGGAAACGAGAUGUUGUCCUAGGAACAGAACUUGUUGAUAGCCACCCCAUUUUAGCCCUUUCUUGGCUGAAGCACCACCCUGAGUUGUUCGUCUGCGCUGCUGGCGUGUCUGGCAUCCCAUACGUUGUCCGCUGGAGAGAACAGGACGACAUAUGCUUGCACGAGGUUAAAGGGGACCGCGGGAGAAUACCAAAGACUGCAGUCCCCUCUUCUCAGCCAUCGUUGCCUCGUAACAUGCAGUCUCGACAGCCAGCGCAGCAGCAACACCAUGUGGAAGUGGGUGAUUUCGAGGCGAACCAAGGUGAUCAUUAUUCCGGAGAUCGCGAUGACUUCCUUGAUGGUUCAACAGUGACAGCUGCUUUAACGUGGUUCAGGCGCUGUGGGCGAGGCGAACGACUAAGCAGGGAAGGCACUGCAUCUUUGCGCAUUGUACACCAGUACUGCGCUUGCGAAGAUCUGAGCUCUGUUUCAGUCAACAGCACGGAUGACUACCUUCUUGUGUCCGGGAGAAGCGCAGAUCUCACCAUUCAUGACGUGGCCACGGGUGUGAGGCUGGGAACCCUAAGUGGCCUCCACUCGGACAGCAUUAACAUUGUGCGAUUCGCACAUAUCUCCCCCCAUCUUUUUGUCACAGCCUCUUUUGACCAAACCUGCAGACUCUGGGAUCUUCGCCAACGGAUCAACGGCCAUCAACCACUCCUCACCGUUGAUACUGGCAGUCUUAGCGUAAUGUGCUGCUUCGACGAUUCAGACGAAUGGCUACUUUGCAGCGGUGUGGAUGCAGCGCUGCGGCAGGUCUGUGUGAGGUCUUCAACCGUAUUCCCCCAGUCAUUUGCAAUCCCUCCUGUUAACGCCGAGACUAACUUCCGCCGUGCGGUCUAUCUACAGGGAGGAAGGGAAUUCAUCACAGCUGGUACUGAGGAAGGGUUUUUCCGAGUUUUCAGUCGUCUUGGGCGCGACUUGGGUCUAGUCAGUCUCGAAGGGUUGCUUCGGCCGUUCAUUCGAGUGCGCUCAUCUCAGGGCCUAGCGACACUGGCUGACCUGCAAGCAGAGCUCUUGAAUUUGCGCAUAUACUUGCGCUCCCACAUGGCAUUAGGACUCAGUGCCAUGAGCGACGCUGCACUGGCCACAGCUGCGGGCGUGAGUCGGAGUUCAGUUGCUGCAGUCCUUCGGACUGCUUUCCGACACCUAAGUGUAGGUCCCACUGGACUGCUCGACGGGGAACUGCUAGAUAGAAUGCGGCAGGCUGUGAAUGGCCCGGGAUCGCCUUGGUUCUUUAUUUGGCAACAGGGAAUGCGCAGUGAAUCAAGCUUGUUUCAGGACACAGGCACGGGCAUCCCAGAAAAUAGCGUCAUCGAAGAGUAUGUGCAGUCACUCCGCGCACACCCGCAGGAACGGAGGCUUGUUGGCGCAUUGCUGGCGACUAAGGAUCAAGUGGAGACGGCGAACGGAGAAGCGUCUUAUGUGGCAAUGUCACGGCUACCAGCAACGAUGCUGGGAUAG